UUACAACCAGCACUAGCCUUACAAAUUAAGUAGCAUCCAUAUUACAGAAGCCUGAGAGCCUUCAUGGAGUUAUUAACCCUACACAAAAUGGCCACCUGGAAGAGGACAAAUGUGUCAUCUGAUAGGGAAGCUCUAGUGGUCACCUGAUAUGUACUACACUACCCAGCAUGCUUUGAUUCCUCAUCUCAUUCCCUGAUAUCACACGGCGUAACACCAUAGAACAUAAAAGAAGAUGGACAAGAAUAAAAAUUUGAAAACAGAAAGUAUACUAAAUAUCACCCUGGAGAUAAUCUACCUGCUGACUGGGGAGGAUUACACAGUAGUGAGGAAGACAUCCAGUGAGUGUGAGACAUCCAGCAUACAUCCCAAUGUGUCGGGAGGACUGAGCAGGAGCCAGACCCCCAUCCUGGUGCCUCCACCUCACUCACUGACACAUGAGAGACACAAUGACCAGAAGAUCCUGGAACUCACCAACAAGAUCAUUCAGCUGCUGACUGGAGAGGAGGGGGAGUAUAUAGAGGAACACAGGAGUCUGUACAAGGACGUGAUGAUGGAGAAUCACCGGCCCCUCACAUCACUGGAUGGGCCCAGUAACAGAGAUACCCCAGAGAGAUGUCCCCGUCCUCUGUAUUCCCAGGAUUGUACAGAGGAGAAUCACAGGAUCCCACAGGAGGAUCAGGUAGAAGGUUUGUCUGACGUAAAGGCAGAAGAUACAGAGGGAGAAGAAGAGACGUAUGUGAGGGGUGAUCAGCAGUGUAAGGAGGAGGAGAUCCCUACAGAUAUCAGCACAGAUGGACGCAAUACAAGGAAUACCCCGGAGGGACAUCUCGUUUGGUCUCCAGAUUUUGAAUUAGAAGAUAAGAACAUCACGCAAGGGUCUCCAGAAGAAAACCAGAUCACCCUAAAUAUACAUCCAGCACCUCACAGUGCAGAUAUAUCAUCUGAUCCCUCUGUUUCUGAGGAAUGUUCUCCUGGUAACUCACAUAUUGCUGCACCUCGGAUAGAUCAUAGCGGUGAUACAGUCAUUUCCUCUUCUGGAUGUGGGAAAAGAUUUAAACAUAAAAGACAAGAGAUAAGUCAAACAGGCAAGAAGCUAUUUGCAUGUUCUGAGUGUGGGAAAUGUUAUGGACACAAAUCAAAUCUUUGUAGACAUCAGAAACAACACACAGAUGAGAGACCAUUUCCAUGUUCUGAGUGUGGGAAAUGUUUUACACGCAAAUCACAUCUUACUAAACAUCUUAGACUUCACAAAGAAGAGAAGAUAUUUCCAUGUUCUGAGUGUGGGAAAUGUUUUAAAGAUAUAUUUUCUUUUUUUACACAUAAGAAACUUCACACAGGCGAAAAACCAUUUCCGUGCUCUGAGUGUGGGAAAUGUUUUACACAGAAAUCAGAUCUGAUUAUACAUCAGAGAAAUCACAAGGGUGAUAAAUCUUUUUCAUGUCCUGAGUGUGGUAAAUGUUUUACACAAAAAGCAGAUCUUGUUGUACAUCAGAGAAGUCACAUAUGUGAAAAACCAUUUCCGUGUUCUGAGUGUGGGAAAUGUUUUGCACUGAAAUCAGCUCUUGUUAAUCAUGAGAGAAUUCACACAGGUGAGAAGCCAUUUCCAUGUUCUGAGUGUGGGAAAUGUUUUACAAUGAAAUCAAAUCUUGUUAAACAUGAGAGAAGUCACACAGGUGAGAAGCCAUUUCCAUGUUCUGAGUGUGGUAAAUGUUUUACACAGAAAUCAGAUCUUGUUACACAUCAGAGAAGUCACACAGGUGAGAAACCAUUUCCAUGUUCUGAGUGUAGGAAAUGUUUUACACAGAAAUCUACUCUUGUUAGACAUCAGAGAAGUCACACAGGUGAGAAACCAUUUUCAUGUUCUGAGUGUGAUAAAUGUUUUAUAGUGAAAUCACAUCUCAUUACACAUCAGAGAAUUCACACAGGUGAGAAGCCAUUCCCAUGUUCUGAGUGUGGGAAAUGUUUUACAGUGAAAUCAAAUCUCAUUACACAUCAGAUAAGUCACACAGGUGAGAAGUCAUUUCCAUGUUCUGAGUGUGGGAAAUGUUUUACAGUGAAAUCAAAUCUCAUUACACAUCAGAUAAGUCACACAGGUGAGAAGUCAUUUCCAUGUUCUGAGUGUGGGAAAUGUUAUAAACACAAAUCACAUCUUCUUAGACAUCAGAGACAUCACACAGGUGAGAAGCCAUUCCCAUGUUCUGAGUGUGGGAAAUGUUUUACAGUGAAAUCAAAUCUCAUUAUACAUCAGAGAAGUCACACAGGUGAGAAGUCAUUUCCAUGUUCUGAGUGUGGGAAAUGUUAUAAACACAAAUCACAUCUUCUUAGACAUCAGAGACAUCACACAGGAGAAAAGCCAUUUACAUGUUCUGAGCAGAGCCGGAUUAAGAGGGGGGCUCCGGGGAUAAGUACCCCGGGCCCCCUUUUUCAAAAGGGCCCCCCGCCGCCGCCGAUCAGACCCCCGCCGCCGUCGCAGAUCAGAUCUCUGGUCUGAUCUGCGGUGCAACGCUCCCAGCGCAGCCGCUCCACACGCAGGGCAGCGGCUGAGAUAUGUCCCCCGGCGGCUCACCAAAGCAUUAAAAUGCUGGCGCCGCACACAGGGAGAGUGAACAGGAAGGACAGCUGAGCGACGGCUCAGCUGUCCAAUAAUCUGUUGAGCAGCAGCCUGCGGCUCAGUCAUUGGCUGGGCGCGCAGGCUGCCGGAAUCAGAGAGGACGUUGUGUGGACUGUGGAGCCAGCAUCCCUAUUGUACAGUAGCGCCCACCAGCAGCAGAGGGAAAAACAAACAGUAAGGCUAGCUGUAUUAGGUUCCAGGUUGUCUCAUAUAUAUAUAUAUAUAUAUAUAUAUGUAUAUAUAUAUAUAUAUAUAUAUGUAUAUAUAUAUUAUAAAAAAUGUGUGAGUGUAUAUAUAUAUAUAUGUAUAUAUCAAUGUGUAUAUAUACAGUAUACUGUAUGUGUAUAUAUGUAUGUGUGUAUAUAUAUAUAUAUGUAUAUAUGUAUGUGUGUAUAUAUAUAUAUAUAUAUAUAUCGUCCCAUAGAUCCGGCUCUCCUCUAGUUUCAUUGCUGCACCGGGUGCCUGCGUCGUUGAUGAAAUAGAAAGACAGCAGACGCGGCACUCCAAGUGA